UCGAUGGAAUGAUAAGACAAUCAAUUGAUUGUACUUAACAGAAAAAGCCUUAUAAAGGAAGAACUCAACCGGCUGCUGGGCUUAUAAGCUGACAAUGACUGGAGGAAAACGGCUAUUGAUUCUCGGACUGCUGCUGUGCAGCCAAUUUCUGGUGGCUGUAGUAGAUGCGGAUGUGGAUACAACUGCUUUGCAGGCUAGAGAAACUGGGAGCGAUAGUGUUCUGUUCACGGGCAACAUCAGUCUUUGCGGAAACGUGGCCGACACUGUGUUCCUGCCCUACGUGGGUGACUGCAAAAAAUACUACCUCUGUCGGUAUGGAGAGGCCAUUGAACUGCAGUGCGAAUCGCUUUACCAGUUCGAUGCCCCCACCCAGAGCUGCGUGUUCCCCAAUCAGACACACUGCUUGCCCACCUGCGAAGACUACACGCUGAGCACCUUCAGCUACGAGCGAACCUGCAACAAGUAUGUCCUCUGCUACUAUGGGCGUCCGGUUCUGAGGCAGUGCCAGGAUGGUCUCCAGUACAAUGCCCAGACGGAUCGAUGCGAUUUCCCCCAGAAUGUCGACUGCGUGGAGUCCGAGUGCUCCAUCUUCUACAAUGCCUAUCAAUUGCACUACGUGCCCAGCAAGGUAUCCUGCGAGAAGUAUUUCCUCUGCGGCAAUGGCGUGCCCAGGGAGCAGAAUUGCGCCCAAGGAUUGUACUUUAGCAGCACAUGCAAUUGCUGCGUCUUACCAUCAGAGUCGGACUGUCAGAUCCCCUCCCGGAAGAAAAUAGUCCAACCGUUCUCCCGACUGGCACCACGGAUUGCCGACAUGAAGUGCCCCUCUACUGGUGUUCAUUUUUAUUCGCACGAGUCCCGCAAGGAUGCCUACUACUUCUGUGUGGAGGGCCAUGGCUUGACCCUGGACUGCUCUCCAGGCCUGUGGUACGAUGCCAAGGUACAGGAGUGUCGUGAACCCAAUAAUAUAGAACACUGAGAAAAUGCAAUUAAUAAAAUAUAAUGAAAUUUAUUCGACA